AUGCACCUCCCCGUCCUCCCCCCAUCCAACACGGCCCUGAGACUGUCCUUCAUCGUUGCGAGCAGCAGCCGUGCCCCAACCGGACACCCCGAUCGAUCGAGGAGGAUUACCCUCGCUACAAAGCGAUCCGACGAGCGCAACACCCGCUCGGACCCCGAAGUACCCUUGCAUCUCUCGCGGCACUCUCGCCCUGUCUCCCCUACCUCCCGUCUUCCCCAAACUGUCGCCGAGUCCGGUCAAGCUCGGGGAGAUCUCCCUCCAAACCCUGCGCCAGAGCCUGAGCCUGAGGAGGGUGCAGGUGAAGAAGGAGUCUCGGAGUCCGAGUCCGAGGAUUCUGUUGGGUCCGCCUCGCUGACAGCGCUCGCCCCCGCGUCAGCAGUCCCUGACGUAUGUAACCCCCCCGCCGAACUUUCUCCGAUGCCUUCAUCGCCGACUCCGCCGAGAGGCCGCGCGAGCACUCGCUCCUCUCAAAGUUCGACCAGCAGAGGGCCACCACAACCGCCUCCACCCCCGCAGCGUCCUCUGUCCCCCCCGACGCCGAUAAUGUCAUCCCCUGCAGCCGCCCCCGACAAGGAGACUUUGAAACUUCUCCUCCCACUCCGAUACGAUGGCAAAACAGUCAUCGAAUGCAACCGGUUCCUGUCGCAGUUGCGCAUCUACUGGCUGGUCAACACGUCGUUGACCACCAUCGAGCUUAAGGUGCAGGUCGCACUCAGCCUGCUUGACAGAGAUGCCCGCGCCUGGGCCACUCUCUACUUUGCCCAGCUCGCAUCGGUGCAGGUGGGUGUGCAAGGGGCCACGACCCCGUUCGCAAACGAAGCAGCCUUUGCCGCCGCCUUCAGGGCCUGCUUCGGAAAUCUCGACGAUGAGGCGGCAGCACAAGUAGAGCUGGCGAAGCUCUGCGCGGACAAGUCAGUCCGUGAAAAAUGCACUGCUGCGGAGUUCUCCGCGCUGUUCAAGGGUCCGGUGGAUCGCUCUGGGUAUGGGGACCUGGAGCUACGUGACAAGUACCUGAGUGGCAUCCCCUCCCGCGUCUACCGCAAGAUCGAGCUCGAGACCUUUGCCACGUGGCAAGCCGCUGAGAAGCGCGCCACCGAGCUAAACAACUUCUUCUCGGCACGAGGUCGAGGACGCGGAGGGGCACGUGGUGGUGCACCCUCGUCACACGCAGCUUCGGCCAGCAUCAAUGCGGCCGUCGGAAAAGGAAACUUCCCCGGCAGUUGUUUCGGCUGUGGGAAGCAAGGGUACCGACGCUUCGAGUGCCCCAACUGUAAGGACAAACCUUACACAAAACACACCGACGCGCGGGCUACGGUUGCCUCGGGCUCCACCCAGGCUGUGACAAGCGCCCCCGUCACGACAACACCUUCGGCAAGUAUAAGUGCCGCUUCAGCGAAAUCCGAGCAAUCGGAGCUGGUGGACUUAAUGGCACAGGUGAAGUCGAUGCGCGAGGAGCUUGAGCACUAUCAGGUGAUGAAAGAGGAGGGUUUUUGA